AUGGAACCACCUCCCAAAACCAAAACCUUCGAGAUACUCUAUCUAUGGAUUCUGAUUGGCAGCCUCGCUGAGAGGGCCAAGCGUGACACGGAGCACCACAAUCGGGCCCCGACCUGCUGCGCGAGGGCUGCCCGCUACCACACGGGUGGUCCUCAAGGCGUGGCCGGUCGCCCAAAAAUAUGCUUGGUGCCCCCAUCGCCCUAUAGUCGAUUGGGCUGGGCGCAAGAUUUUGCAUUCCUCUCGCGGCAGAAGCGCCGGCGCCACCAUGCCGGGCCGCGCGCUGUAUCUACGUACAGCUCCCGCGCGAGCGCGUUAGUGCUUCGGACAUCGCUGCUCCACCAAACGCGUCGGAAUCCACCGCACGAGAUUGUCAUCCAUGAUAAUGAUUUCAGUUCGAUAAUAUUAAGAUAG